AUCUGUCUUCCCCCACAACCAAAACAAGGUCCUGAGUUAAUAAUUAUACAUAAUGUCAUCAUCAGCGCCUAGGACAAAGCCAUGGGAAGUAGCAUCUGGAACCUCUGCAGCAGCAGCUACAGGCGACCAAGCAAUAGCAUCUUCAUCUUCAGCAGCAGCAGUGGCUCCGUCUGCAACAGCAACUUCAGCAGGUGCUGUUCCAAUACCUGACCGUCCAACCUCACUCACUUCUGACUUUACCAGCAUACCUGAAACUUCUGCAUAUGGUUCCAAUUAUGGGACUAUGAACAAUUAUGGCUCCCGUUACGGUAUGGGUGGGUAUGGAUCUGGUAUGUAUGGUAGUUCCAUGUAUGGUUCAGGAUAUGGUGGUUAUGGAAGUGGAAUGUAUGGAAGUAGCAUGUACGGUGGUGGUAUGUAUGGUAGUGGGAUGUAUGGUGGAUAUGGUGGUGGAAUGUAUGGUGGAGCUGGUGGAAUGUAUGGACAACAGCCUGGUGGUAUGAAUCCCUUGGGUGAAGGAACCCAAGCUACAUUUCAAUUAAUUGAAAGCAUCAUUGGUGCAGUAGGUGGAUUUGCACAAAUGUUAGAAGCUACAUAUAUGGCCACCCAUUCCCUGUUUUUCACCAUGGUUAGUCUUGCUGAACAGUUUGGAAACUUGAAAAAUGCAUUGGGGUCAUUAUUGGGAAUAUUUGCCUUGAUUAAGUUUGUGAAAAAAAUGUUGUAUAAAUUAAUGGGCAAGACUUAUAAUAAUGGAUUGAAUAUAAAGGAAUUUGGCAAAUUUGAGAAGAAUCAAAAGAAAUUAGAAGAUAGCUUAAAGAGACAACAACAACAAUCAAGCAGUGGUAAACCAAAGAUUUCAUUCAAACCAUUAUUGCUAUUCCUCGCUGCAUCCAUUGGAUUCCCAUAUUUAUUAAGCAAAGCUAUCCAAAAACUCAAUGAACAAAACCAAAGAAGAUUACAACAACAACAAAAUGGUCCUCAAGGUAGUCCUCUUGAUCCUGCAAAUUUGCAAUUUGCUAAAACAUUGUAUGAAUUCAACCCAGAAAACCCAAACAUCGAAAUCGAACUCAAACCUAAUGAACUUGUCGCCAUAUUAUCAAAAUUAGAUCCAGUAGGGAAUGAAAGUAAAUGGUGGAAAGUAAGAUCGAGAUCAGGUAAAGUAGGGUAUGUUCCUUCUAAUUAUCUUUCUGUGAUUGAACGAAGACCAGAAUUGAUACAGCCAGCACCGGCAGCGCAAGCCCCAAAGGAAACGGAAAUCCCUGGUGGAUUUGAAAAACCGGAGAAAUUAGUUGAGGAAUUUAAAGGGAUCUAAGAGAGAAAUAAUGUAUAGGUAAUAUAGUAAACAAUACAAGAGUAACU